UCAAUGCGUUGGAGUGAGUAGGAGCAUGUCGGAGCAUGGCGACGCGAACAAACCACUUGUCAGGCGCGAUAACGUAUGCAUAUGUUUUAUAUAACCAAAAUUCAUCAGUAAAUUCAAGCACGAAAAGUGAUCAAAAAAUGUCUAGCAUGGACUGGGAGGAAGUUAAGCGCCUGGCCGCUGAUUUUCAGAAAGCGCAACUCGGCUCAACUUUGCAAAGACUUUCUGAACGAAACUGCGUAGAGAUUAUAACAACGUUGGUAGAAAACAAGUUUCUGGAUAUUAUAUUUACCAAUGAUGGCAAGGAAUAUGUUACACCCCAGCAUCUUGGAAAAGAAAUUAAAGAUGAGCUGUACCUUCACGGUGGGAAAGUUAGUUUGGUUGACUUGGCGCAAAUUCUUAAUGUUAAUCUGUCGCAAGUGACUAAAGUGGUAACAGAGAUUGAGAAACACAACAAAGGACUGAAAGUAAUACUAGGACAGCUUGUCGACAAGAGUUACAUCAGUAAAAUUGCGGAAGAAAUAAAUGAUAAACUCAUACAGCAUGGCUAUAUUAAUGUCGCUGAGUUAACGCUCACGUACAAUUUACCAGUCGAUUUUCUACAAUCGGUCGUCGAAAAACAACUUGGAAAAAUAAUAUAUGCCACCCAAGAUUCUCAAGAUCCCAAGGUUUUUUAUACCGAGAGCUUCAUUACUAGAAAUAAGGCAAAGAUUAAAGGCGCUUUAUCUGCUAUCACGAAGCCUACGCCAUUAUCUGCAAUAUUGGGACAAUGUGGCGUGCCCGAAAGAAUUUUUUUUUCAAUUCUGGACAGUUUGCAAGAGAUGAAACAAGUACCAGGAGGGGUAACUGGCAAACAAAGUGGAAAUAGCAUUUAUAUACCUACUAUAUAUUCUAAAAGUCAAAACGAAUGGGUCGAAAAUUUUUACAAGCAGAACGGAUACUUGGAAUAUGACGCUCUUACAAGACUUGGCAUAAUGGACUCGUCGGGCUUCGUAAAACGCCAUUUUCCAAACGAGAACAUAGUUUUCUUAAAGUCAGUGGCCGUAGGAAUGGUAAUAACGGAUCAAGUUGACGCCAAUAUCGAAGAAGUCGUCGCGACCAGUUCCUUCGUCGACUUGUAUCCUCUUUUACCAUCCGUAUUCAGCGAUGAAGAUACAGAACUUCUACUUAAAUUAGCUAUAAAGAAGACAAGGGUUAAUGUACAUAUAUUUGCGAAAACGGUUGUGAUUUCCGAAGCAUUUUUACAGACUUUAACCAAAUCCCUUGAAACAAUAGCGGAACAAAAGGCCCGAGACAUAGUAGCUAGCGGAAAAUGGAUCCAAUCUAUUGUUGAAAUUAAGUUGAAAUUUAAAUCCGCAGAUUUAAUCGUCGAAAGUAAAAUGAGUAAAAAGGAGGAACGAAGAAAAAAAGCGAUUAUUGGUAAAGCAGGCGGCGGUAAUCAAGGCAGAGAAACGAAAACAAAAUCUACGAAGAAGAAAUAUCUUCAUGGAAAGACACAGGAAAUUGACUCUGACGAUAAUGAAUCAAAGCACACACAGGCAACGGUCGGAAAAGGUGAAAUUAUUUUGAUAUCCGUGGAUGAAGUAAAAGCAGAAAUUAUGAAAAACGAAAAUAUAUCUGUUAUUGACGAAUUGGCAGAUAAAUUAGCAUAUUAUUUGCAACCGAAGCUGAACAAAUCUGCAUUAUCAGUGGCGGAACAAUUGACGCAGUCCAAUAGAACUACGAAUUUGAGUGAAAUCGACGAACGAUUGAACGUUCUAAUAACGAACAUUCGAGUAUUCGACAAGGGUAUCAAACAUCUGGACAAAGCAGAUCAAAUCCCGUUGAUUAAAUACUUGUUAAAGUCUCUAGGCCUUGAUUUUGUAACGAGUAUAUUCAAAUUGUCUGCUCAACAGAAUAUGUUGCAAGUAGCGGAAAAUUUGACGACGGAGGCGAGACAAAGAUUGUUGCUUGAACUGCCUAUGGACGUUAGAGAACCAUUAACCAUUGUCCACAAGAUGGUGGCAGGAGAUUCAGUGGAGGAUUUUUUAAAUAGCGUUGACAAAGCAAUGACGGCCUGUUGUUUAGUCCUGAAGAAAUACGAUAAGAAAAAGGAACGACCACAAGUGCACGCUCACAAAGAGGCUCUGUUAGAAGAGCUGAAUGCUACGCAAGAUCCCGCGUUAACAUUACACCUAGUUACGAACGUGCUUUUUACUGCUGUUACGCAGAACGCCUUACAUAUGUCUGGUAGACAUGUAACAAUCGUUCUUGCGUUUCUUCAGCAACAUUUGGAAUUUGAUACAAUGGCGACUCUCUCCAAAUACCACGAUUUAGUACUCAAUUUGCUAACCACUCCUGAUAAAAAUACAAAAAUGGAAGUGUCUAGGGCACUGCAAGAAAGAUUGGAAGACAUAAAAAAUAUUGCGAAGAAUUCCAAGCAACAUGUGAAAAUGAUCAAGGCCUGAAAAAAAUUACAUAAAUAAUUACAUAAUAUAAAUAAUGUAAUAUAAUUUGGACCUAUGCAAAUAUUUGUUAUAUAAUAUCAAUUAUAAUUUUGUAUUUUGUAAUUAUAUACAUAGCCAAUUAAAAAAUCUCAUUAUAACCUAUUGUAUUUUUAUUUUAUUUGUUAAUCUUUAUUCUUGCUUUUCGGCUUUGGAUUGGUCUCUGGCUUACAAUUGUUUACAUUUAUAAUUUAUAUACAUUUAUGUAUCGUUUUUUUAAUUACAUACAUAAAAUACUUAAAAGAAAAUAUAUCGACUCAUUAUAAUCUUGUUAUACUUAAAUGCAAUCCAUUUGAUUUUGUAUAAACUUUUGUAUAAAUUCUAUUCUAUAAAUUCUAUAUUAAUUUAGAUGAACUAAUAAUAAGUCGCAACAAAACAGAAGGAAAAUUAUUAUAUUAUCUUAAGCCCUACUUAAAUAAAGUCUCGUAUUAAUUUAUGGUCUAUUAUGUUCUAUUGUGUUCUGUUUAUUUAAAAUUUUCUACAAUACACAAUAAAAUAGCUUUAUUUACAUGCU